GUGAAAGCGUCAGGCAUGAGGAAGCGGCGAUGCUGUUGACGUGCCUCUGCUGGUAGUUGCCGCUCACCAGCUCGCAGCGAGUAACUUGGGCAGCGGAGAAACAAAAAAGGAAGGAGGAAAGUGGGCAGCAUGGCGGCGAGCGUGCGUUCUGUCUGUAUUGUGCUGCUGUGCCUGAGCGGGGAGGUGCUGACAGGACGGGAUUUCUACAAGAUCCUGGGGGUUUCUAAAAGCGCUUCGGUGAAGGAUAUCAAAAAGGCUUAUCGUAAACUGGCGCUGCAGCUGCACCCUGACAGAAACCCGGACGAUCCGGCAGCGCAGGAUAAGUUCCAGGAUUUGGGGGCUGCUUAUGAGGUUUUGUCUGAUGAAGAGAAGAGAAAACAGUAUGACAUGUAUGGUGAAGAGGGCUUAAAGGAAGGUCGUCAAGGUUCCCAUGAUGACAUAUUUUCACACUUCUUUGGAGAUUUUGGUUUUAUGUUUGGAGGAGGUCCACGACAUCAAGACCGGAACAUUCCUAGAGGAAGUGAUAUUGUAGUGGAUCUUGAAGUGACACUCGAAGAAGUGUAUUCAGGAAAUUUUGUAGAAGUUGUAAGAAACAAGCCGGUGGCAAAGCAAGCUCCAGGAAAGAGGAAAUGCAACUGCAGACAGGAAAUGAGAACCACACAAUUAGGACCUGGCAGAUUCCAGAUGACCCAGGAGAUGGUUUGUGAUGAGUGUCCCAAUGUAAAGCUUGUAAAUGAAGAAAGGACACUUGAGGUGGAGAUAGAACCUGGUGUCAGGGAUGGAAUGGAAUAUCCUUUCAUUGGAGAAGGUGAACCUCACAUAGAUGGAGAACCUGGAGAUCUGAAAUUCAGAAUAAAGGUUUUAAAGCACCCAAUAUUUGAGAGACGGGGUGAUGACCUCUAUUCUAAUGUCACAAUUUCAUUAGUGGAAGCACUGAUAGGUUUCGAAAUGGUUAUUUCGCAUUUGGAUGGUCACAAGGUCCACAUAAUUAGAGACAAAAUUACAAAACCAGGUGCAAAAGUAUGGAAGAAAGGAGAGGGUCUGCCAAACUUUGACAACAACAAUAUCAGAGGUUCCCUAAUAAUAACAUUUGAUGUCGAAUUCCCCAAGGAACAGCUUUCUGGUGAUCAGAAGGAGGGUAUAAAACAACUGCUUAAACAAGGACCAGUGAAGAAAGUCUACAAUGGACUUCAGGGAUAUUGAUGUAAACACAAAUGAAACAGACUUUCAUGUGAUACUGAAAAUUUAACUAUUUAUUAUCUGAGGUUUCUAAUGUUGAAUGUAUUUUUUGGGUGGGGGUGGGUAGGGAAUUGUUAAUCUUUUUAAAAACUGAAAUCUGUAUGUUUGCUUCUAAACGGCACACAACGAUUAUGUUUUUUAAAAAAAAAAUUUGCCUCCUUUUUUCUUUCCCUCCCCUCCCCCUUUAAAAAAAAAUGCUUGAUUCUGGCCAGAACAGCACAAAAUGUUGGCAUUUGAGAUGAAUAGAUGUCUUUCGGUGUUUAUAUUCCAAACAGAAAAGGCAACCAGUAAACUUCUCUUCAUUUUAAGGGUGUUAUGUUACUUGUAAAAUGUUAGGUGUUAUGGUUGUUCAAUUUUGAAUGUUGUAAGAAACAAGUAUAAAGAUUUCAGUGCGAUGUCACAGCUUUAUAGAAAUUGUUCAGAAGUACUUUCAAUUCGACUUCUGUUUUGUUUUUGAGAUAUGUGGGAGCCAAACAUUGCUCCAGAGGUUACAGUGUGAUUUGGUUUCUGUAAUAUCUGAUGGAAUAUGAAGAAUGCAACAUUAUUUUGCUCAGAUAUAUUGUUUGGGUUUUAUCUAUUGUCACUAAUGGGCUGUAAAUUGCCACUGAAAUUUCUGAAACUAGUUUUUGAGGUAACAGUUUGAAUGUGACUGCAGCAAAGUUAAUCAUUUUACUGUACAGUGUACAGUACAUGAGUAAAAUUGUCAAAUGGAAAUACAGAUAUUAAACAGCAUUGUUUAUAAGGUGCAAUUCAUCAGCUAAAAUUGAUUGGGGAAGAAAAUACAUCUUUCCUAGGCAGCACUGUCUUUGCAUUUCAUUUUUGUAUGCACUGUUUCAAUUGGAGAAUGGAGUACUGAAGUCAGUACUUUCUAAAACUAAAUUGUCCAAAAAUGUUGACUGACCGUCAAAAAAAUGUGUGAAACAAGGUGGAUUCAUAUUCAGUUACUAGAAUAGAAGAAUAUUGACUGAAAUGAUCUCUACAUAUAUUGGGAUAGGAUUUUUCUACUUGAUAGCACUGUAUUCUUCUCAAAACUAUGCAUAUACUAAAACAAUGAGAAAAUGACAAAUACAGUAUAUGGAUUGCACACUUUAAUGCUAUAGUUGGAAUAGAAAGAUCCUUAAGUCAGGUUUUAGUUUGGUUUAGCAGAAUAAAAGACCAGGUGCACAGCAUGAAAAGAUUAAUGCAGUUCAACUGUAUUUUCAUGUGAUGCUCUGUUUAUUAUGUUAAACCAAACAAAAUGGUACCUAUUCAUUUAAUUGAAACAUACAAGCAAGCAACUAUUUUCAAUCUGUUUUCAUAGUCCAGGAUUGCAAAAUAUUGAUCUGCUAUUUGAUCAGCAAAAUACUGUAUGUUGCUGUUGAAUGUUUUUCAAAACUUGUAUUUGUGUACUUCUAAAUUCAGUCCAUUGUUUUAACUUCUACUUUUCAAAAUUUGAUUGUUUUUCAUUAGUUCAUAAUACCAAACAAAAAUGCAACAAAAUGUUAUUUCGAAAAGGUUCGGUGUGAAAAGUAGAUGUUCUUUAAAAUAAAACAUUUUUUGUAUAUAUAGUUAAAUAAAAAUUAAUGCUCUGUUAAGGCAUCUUUGGGAAGCCAACAUAUUUUCACAACUAAAAUUAAAUUUGCAUAGAAAAUUUUACAAAAUAUAGUUUUGGUCUAGAUAAUAGGCAUACAGAAUAAUGGGUGAUCCACAGAUAUUUUAGUAAAGGUCUGUCUAGUCCAGGGUACUUUUGAGGUCAUUCCACAUUAAAUAUACCAACACUAAAUUGAGAGCCUGCAUAUACUAUACAAAUAGAGUUUUAAAAAAUAUAUGUAUGAACAGAGCUACACAUUUUGUUUUGUCUGACAAAGUUUGGGUUUUUCUAAUGCGUUUGGACUGUAUGAACGAACAAACUUAAGUAGAUGAUUUACUUGGACACACUGUUGAAAUUGCAAACACUGAUCAUUACGUCCUAUUCUAGUAUAGCUCAGCUACUAAAAGAUAAAAUUACAAUUUAUUUUUAGUAAAUAGAUGUGUGUUUGUUUGUAUAAUCUGUAUGUUGGUGACUUUGUUGAAACACAGAUGUACCUGCAUUAUUAAAACCAAGGGUCAGA